GCAGAUUAGCCAAAUCUGACCUGUACCAGAGACGGCCCGAUCACAACUUCACUCAUAAAAAAAGUGUGUGGUGAUGUGUGACAAGGGCACCUCUGGACUCGGAGUGAAGAUGACCUUGCUGGCGAGAAGGGACCUAGCGAAAGUGCGGGAGAUGGAAUGCGGAGAGGGAAGGGGAUGGAAAAUCUGCCCGGAUCACGGGUUUGUCGCGAUGAUGGAGCUGCUGUGCGGUACCGGCAUGUCCUGACAUUAGAUUGUAGGUAGCUUGUGGUGUGCAGCCACGGACCGUUUCCUUACAUCCUUCUCUCUCGAUUUGAAGCGAAGCCGUGUAGUCUCUGUGUUUUUCGGGGGGUGUCUGUAAUCUUGGACCGCCACCCAGUCAUUCCUAAAAAUGACGAAUCGAGACCCUGCGGCGUGAAAUUUGCUGUGCGGUUGUGAAGUUGCCGUUGGGUGUGAAGCCUCUUUCGACCGAGCCAACUUGCGCACGAGUUAGGGAACCCAUGAAUGAGUCCGAGAGUUUGCCAUGACGAACCAUUAAGGCCGCUUCUAACUGCUCUCGCACAUACUUUCCUCGCGGGGUGGUGAUGACGAUAAUAUCUUGAAGGUUCAAUAUUCGGAGCGAACAUUCAUCUCUCUCCCAUUCGUUCCCGC